AUGAAGUUCUUCGGUGGAAGCAGCAACAAGAAAUCUUCCUCUUCCAAAAAGCACGCCCAUAGCGACUCGGCAUCCUCCUUUACAAACCCAAAAGGCCCAGACGGGACCUCGCUCAACUCGGGCCACACAUUCCCUCUUUCCCCACCACAAGAGGAUCAUUCUCGCGACACUGGUUCUGGUUCGCACCGGUCCGAACCAUUAUCGCCUACCAAGUCCUUCAACACCACCAGGUCACCUACCAAGAAAACAUUUUCGAAUCGCGAUUCCGUUUCCUCGACGUCGUCACACACGGAGCCCCCGAGCAAGCCCUCUCGCCCCUUCAAAUCCUCACGAUCCUCCGAAAAAACAAAGCGGAGCAGUCAAUUUGACCCAGACACCCACCCACUCAACCUCCCGCCCGAGGAGCGCAGGCGUCUGUCCUCGCUUGCCCAGUCCGCCAUGAGUGGGAACAACUCCAUGGAUAUCGACCGCGAACCCGUCAACGGCUCGACGUCGCGGUCGGGGUCACCUCACAACGCUUCCGCGCAAAAGAACUUUUCCGUCCCAAUCCCCAACGGCACAAGCAACGUCGAGACCAACGGCAACUCCAAUGGGACCGAGUCUGCGCCUGCUCCUCCACCCCACGGCUCCAACCCAUCUAGUCCAAUCCUCACAGCCGAGGACGAUGCUGAGGCAUACAAGGCCGCCGGCAACCGGCUCUUCAAGGAGAAGAACUAUGCGCAGGCCAUUCAGCAGUACUCCAAGGCCAUUGACUUGUUCCCCGACUCGGCGACGUAUCUGAGCAACCGAGCAGCCGCGCGCAUGUCCAGCGGCGCAUAUGAAGCUGCGCUCGAGGACUGCACCCGUGCCGCGGACCUCGAGUCUGAGAACCCCAAGAUCCUGCUUCGUCUAGCUCGCAUCUACACGGCUCUCGGUCGUCCGGAUGAGGCCAUUCUCACCUUCGAUCGCAUCAAACCCCCACCAUCCGCCAAGGACAUGGCGCCCGCCAGAGAGAUGCUGCACCAUCUCAGCGCAGCCAAGGAUACUCUGGAGAAGGGCAGCGCCAUGUCCAUGGUGCUCCACGCGCUUGACCAGGCCGAGAAGGGACUCGGGUACGGUGCCGGCAAGCCACGCAAAUGGCAGCUGCUGCGAGGCGAGGCCUAUCUCAAGAUGGGCCGCGAGAACGCCCUGGGCGAAGCACAGAACAUCGCCAUGAGCCUGCUACGAAACAACAGCCAGGAUCCCGAAGCUCUCGUGCUCAGAGGCCGCGUGAUGUAUGGCCAGGGCGAGAACGACAAGGCCAUCCAGCUCUUCCGCAUGGCGCUCAACUGCGACCCGGACUUCCGUGAGGCUGUCAAGUGGCUCAAGAUUGUGCAAAAGCUGGACCGCAUGAAGGACGAGGGCAACACGCACUUCAAGGCAGCGCGAUACCAAGCCGCUAUUGACAAGUACGGUGAGGCUCUGGGAAUCGACCCCUCCAACAAGAGCAUGAACGCCAAGCUGCUGCAGAAUCGUGCGCAGUGCAAGAUCAAGCUCAAGCAGUACAACGAGGCCAUUGCCGACGCCGACAAGGCCGUGAGCCUUGAUCCUGGGUACACCAAGGCGCGCAAGACCAAGGCCAACGCCCUCGGGCAGUCGGGGCAGUGGGAGGAGUCCGUCAAGGAGUGGAAGUCCAUCCAGGAGCUGGAUCCCGAGGACAGGACCAUCCCCAAGGAGAUCCGCAAGGCCGAGCUCGAGCUCAAGAAGAGUUUGCGCAAGGACUAUUACAAGAUCAUGGAGCUCGAAAAGGACUGCAACGACAACGACAUCAAGAAGGCCUACCGCAAGAUGGCCGUCAAGCUCCACCCGGACAAGAAUCCCGGCGACGACCAGGCCGAAGCCAAGUUCAAGGACAUGCAAGAGGCGUACGAGACAUUGAGUGACCCUCAAAAACGUGCGGCGUACGACAAUGGUGACGACCUCAUGGACCCCGCCGACAUGUUCGGCGGCGGCGGUGGCAUGGGUGGCAUGGGUGGCGGCAUGGGCGGCAUCGACCCGGAGAUCCUGUUCAGCAUGAUGGGCAACCAAGGAGGCUUCGGUGGCGGUGGCUUCCGCGGUGGCGGCGGAGGCUUCCCAGGAGGUGCCCGAGGUUUCCCUGGCGGCGGCGGCGGCGGCGCUGGAGGGUUCCCUGAAAGCGGGCCCUUUGAUGAGGAUGGGGGUGACCCCGAUGUCUCUGGUCGCGCAGACCAGUCCGAGUCUGAUCCUCCGCCGCAGCAGCAGAAGCAGAAGACGACGACGAGUUAUUUCGAGGAACGGCAAGAGCAGGCCCGGGAGGCGCGAGUCGCGGCCAUGCGCAGGUAUGGCGUGUAUCUCGUGGCUGCCCUAGUACUGCUGCCGCUGGAGCUCAUCGGCACACUGCUUGUCUUGGCGGGCAUUGCGUACAUGGUACGACGUGUCAUAGGGAGGAGGAGGGAAAAUGUCGUUUGA